AUGGUCGAAGUGAAGCUGCCCGAAUUUGUCGUUGAUGAAAACCACCCCAUCGGGUACAUCAUCAGCGGCAUACAAACUUUCGUCCAUGACAGUGUUAGGUUAAUAAGGAAGUGUACGAAGCCGAACAAGAAGGAGUAUACUAACAUCGUGUAUGCCUGCUCCUUUGGCUUUCUCAUCAUGGGAUUCAUUGGGUACACCAUCAAGCUUGUCUUCAUUCCGAUAAAUAACAUUUUCGUCGGUUCAUACUGA